AUGGCCGACUGGACCAUAGCCUCGACCAUGGCCCGUAUCAUUGCUGGCCUUAUGAUCGGGGCCAUCUUCUUCAUCGCCUCCAUUCAAGAAUCCCACCGGAGGUUUCCUCUGAAGUAUUAUAAUGUGUUCGCUGGGAAGUAUAAUAAUGUGUUCGCUGGGAAGUAUUAUAAUGUGUUCGCUGAGAAGUAUUAUAAUGUGUUUGCUGAGAAGUAUUAUAAUGUGAUCGCUGGGAAGUAUUAUAAUGUGUUCGCUGGGAAGAAUUAUAAUGUGUUCGCUAGGAAGUAUUAUAAUGUGUUCGCUGGGAAGAAUUAUAAUGUGUUCGCUAGGAAGUAUUAUAAUGUGUUCGCUGGGAAGUAUUAUAAUGUGUUCUCUGGGAAGUAUUAUAAUUUUUUCGCUGGGAAGUAUUAUAAUGUGUUCGCUGGGAAGUAUUAUGUGUUCGCUGGGAAGUAUUACAAUGUGUUUGCUGAGAAGUAUUAUAUUGUGUUUGUUGGGAAGUAUUAUAAUGUGUUCGCUGGUAAGUAUUAUAAUGUGUUCGCUGAGAAGUAUUAUAAUGUGUUCGCUGAGAAGUAUUAUAAUGUGAUCUCUGGGGAGUAUUAUAAUGUAUUCGCUGAGAAGUAUUAUAAUAUGUUCGCUGAGAAGUAUUAUAAUGUGAUCGCUGGGAAGUAUUAUAAUGUGUUCGCUGAGAAGUAUUAUAAUGUGUUCGCUGGGAAGUAUUAUAAUGUGAUCGCUGGGAAGUAUUAUAAUGUGUUCGCUGGGAAGUAUUAUAAUGUGUUCGCUGAGAAGUAUUAUAAUGUGUUCACUAGGAAGUAUUAUAAUGUGUUCGCUGAGAAGUAUUAUAAUGUGUUCGCUGGGAAGUAUUAUAAUGUGUUCGCUAGGAAGUAUUAUAAUGUGUUUGCUGAGAAGUAUUAUAAUGUGUUCGCUGAGAAGUAUUAUAAUGUGAUCGCUGGGAAGAAGUAUUAUAAUGUGUUCACUGAGAAGUAUUAUAAUGUGUUCGCUGAGAAGUAUUAUAAUGUGUUCGCUGAGAAGUAUUAUAAUGUGAUCGAUGGGAAAUAUUAUAAUGUGUUCGCUGGGAAGUAUUAUAACGUGUUCGCAAGGAAGUAUUAUAAUGUGUUUGCUGAGAAGUAUUAUAAUGUGAUCGCUGGGAAGUAUUAUAAUGUGUUCGCUGGGAAGUAUUAUAAUGUGUUCACUAGGAAGUAUUAUAAUGUGUUCGCUGGGAAGUAUUAUAAUGUGUUCGCUGAGAAGUAUUAUAAUGUGAUCGCUGGGAAGUAUUAUAAUGUGUUCGCUGAGAAGUAUUAUAAUGUGUUUGCUGAGAAGUAUUAUAAUUUGAUCGCUGGGAAGUAUUAUAAUGUGUUUGCUGGGAAGUAUUAUGUGUUUGCUGAGAAGUAUUAUAAUGUGUUUGCUGAGAAGUAUUAUAAUUUGAUCGCUGGGAAGUAUUAUAAUGUGUUCGCUGGGAAGUAUUAUGUGUUUGCUGAGAAGUAUUAUAUUGUGUUCGCUGGGAAGUAUUAUAAUGUGUUCGCUGGUAAGUAUUAUAAUGUGUUCGCUGGUAAGUAUUAUAAUGUGUUCUCUGGGAAGUAUUACAAUGUGUUUGCUGAGAAGUAUUAUAUUGUGUUCGCUGGGAAGUAUUAUAAUGUGUUCGCUG